CGUCAGCGGCGCACAUCGUUCGCGGAGUGCCGUCACUCGUCGAUCGAUUUUCUUUCUCUCAUCGAAUGUAGAGUAACUAGUUUUCUAAACCCUUUUUUUUUUAUUUUUUAUUUCUUUGAUUUCAAUCGUUGCCACCUGAAUAACAAUUCAUACAGACCUGGUAUCAUAGUCGGUGCAUCGAUCGAAUAAGUUGACUAUUUUUUCGGAAAAGCUGUAUUUUUUAUAAAUUACAAAAAAAGUGUAAAAGUGUAUUUCAAGCCUGGUUGGCGAAGGACAUGCCAAAAAAGUUUGACAUAAAUUUGGAAAAAUUGUGAACGGAUUGCCUCCUUAACUGUCCACCCAGCUACACUUGUGACACUUGGUUACUACAAUGACCAAGAAAAAAGAUGUGGAAGCUCCUGGAGAGCAGAUGAGUGACUUUAGCAGCACAACGAAAAUUGCUCCAACGAUUGAAAAGUACCUUGAAAAGGAUGAACUUUACAACCCAUUUGAUCACAGGGAUAAGAAGCAUGCGACUUCUGAUACUGGUUCAGCAACGCAUUUAAUCAAGUCGUCAUUGGGUACGGGUAUUUUGGCCAUGCCAUUUGCCAUACGAAACGGUGGUCUGCUAGUCGGCGGUAUCGGUACGGUACUGAUUGGCAUCCUGUGCUCUCAUUGUGUGCACAUCCUCGUCAAGUCGUCGCACGUCCUCUGUCGUAAGACGAAAACGCCAUCGAUGAGUUAUGCCGAUACUGCCGCUGCUGCUUUCGAGUGUGGACCCAAACCGCUCAGAGAAUACGGCAAUUUUGCCAGGAACUUUGUUAAUUGGGCGUUAUGCGCAACUUACGUGGGUGGUUCGUGUGUUUACGUUGUGUUCAUAGCUAAGGGCAUCAAGAAGUUGGGCGAUUACUACAGUGAAGUUAACAUCGACGAAAGGAUGUACAUGCUCUGCUUGAUUCCAGCAUUGAUUCUUCUUGGGCAGAUCCGGAAUCUAAAGAUCCUUGUGCCUUUCUCGGUCGUGGCCAAUAUGAGUCUGACUGUUGGUUUCGCGAUUACACUGUACUUCAUAUUCAAAGACCUUCAACCGAUUGAAAAAUUACAUUUAUGGUCAAGCUGGCAUCAGUUUCCAAAAUUCUUUGCAACCGUCAUUUUUGCUAUUGAAGGAAUAGGCACUAUUAUGCCCAUUGAAAAUAGUAUGGCCAAUCCAGGUCACUUUAUCGGCUGUCCCAGCGUACUCAGUGUUUCAAUGACAGUCGUUAUAGGACUCUACACUAUGAUGGGAGUGUUCGGAUACAUGAGUUAUGGAGAAGAAGCUCAAGGCAGUAUUACCUUAAGCCUUCCGAUAGAAAAUCCCCUUGGUCAAGCAGUAAACAUUUUAAUCACGCUUGCCAUCAUUUUAACGUAUGGUCUUCAGUUUUUCGUACCUCUGGAGAUAAUCUGGAAUACCAUUAAGCACAAGUUCAGCCACAGAUGGGAGUUUCUCGGCGCAACAGUCAUGAGGAUUCUCAUGGUCCUUCUUACAGUGAGUGUCGCCAUGUUGGUACCAGACUUGGAGCCCUUCAUCUCACUGGUGGGUUCAGUAUUCUUUUCGAUUCUUGGAAUUUUUAUCCCUGCUUUUAUUGAAACCGUAUCAUGCUGGGAUGGUCAUCUCGGUGCCGGUUAUUGGAGAGUCUGGAAAAACACUUUCCUAAUAACACUAGCUGCGUGUGCCUUAAUCACUGGCUCCUGGAUCUCGAUCGAAGAUAUUAUUCAACGUUACACUACAACAACAGAUAUUGGAAUAUCUGCCAAUACGACUGAUUCUACGAUACUGUUAGCUCAUGGUAUUACAAAUCAAACUUUUCGACAAUAGGCGUACUGGUGACGCAUCGUAUUUUUUCAUAAGUGAGAGACAUAUAACACAUGUCUUGUAAAUAAUGAUCUACCUUUAACGUAACUUAAUUUUUUUGGAUCUUGUAGUUGGAUGACGAAUAAUUAUAUAUGGCCAAUUUUUUUUUUUCAUUUUGACAUAUAUCGAUGAGAAAUGAACCGAUGGACAAAAAAAAGAGAUUUCGAACUAAUUACUACCAUUUCUGUAUUUAUUUGAGCUUGACAAUGUCAUUGAGUAAACGUUAAAUUAAUCUGUUCGUGCGCAUUUUGUUAACUGUUAUGGAUAAACUUUCAAGUUGUAGAUGAAUUUUUAAUUUUGACAUGUUUGAGUGAAGUAUUUAUUAAUUGUAUUUAAUGAAAUAUACAUAUGUAUAUACAUAUACAUAUUUUUUAAAGUGUCAAAAAAUAUAUAUAGAAAUCAUUAAAAGGCACAAUAUAAAAGGGCACAAUGAAAUGAUAACAUAUUUGGGCUAUAAAAUUGUACAUCUUGGGCAGUAUCAUAACUGAUUUUAUUUGUAAUUCAAGAUCCGUCGUUUUGUUUUAAUGUUAUUUUUUUUUUAAUUAUACAUACGAAUUUCUUAGUGGAUAAAUUACGUAUACCAUGAAUUGCAAUUGAGUUUAAGAUUAGCAAGUAUUCGUAGUAGUAAGGAUAUACAAGCUAAUGCGCAGUAAAACUUUCAACCCUUUCGUAUACAAAUAACAUUGAUUAAAAUUAAUUAAAUAUUUUCACUAAGAUUGCAUACAACAAUUUUCGCAUGUUCUAAACAUUGAUAUACACAAAUGCAAUAUUUUCUUGUAUAUUAUGUCAAAAAAAAAAAAAAAUAUUUUUAAUGCUUUGCGAUAUCGAAAGGGUUCCAUUGUGAUCCUUGAAAUACUUAUAAGGCCGCUGUAAGUAUUUUUAUUUGGUCUCGAAUGUACAACAUCUGUUACUCAGUACUAGAUGUGUGUGAAACCGUGACAUUCACUUUUAUCAUUUCGUCUGCAUUGUCUGAAAACGACUCAGUGCUUUGUGUACAGUUGAAAAUUGAAUCAUAGAAAGAUUACGUAUAAGAUAAGGAUGAGCCUAAAAACUGUCUAUUAUCGUUUUAAAAGUAUUUUGUUUGAGCACCUAUUGUUUCUUAUUAUUUUUAUUUAUUCAGGCUGUUUACAGAUACUAAGUAAGAUAAAUGUCAUACAUCUCAUUUGUAAUUUUUCUCCACAAAAAAAUGAUACGUUUUUUAUUGUUGCGCUAUGAUUUAUAUUUUUA